AGCACAUGUACAACACACAACAUAAGCCUUUCUCAUUCCCAAAACAAAAACUUCAUUACUAACUUCUGUUUCUUCAAAAGCAAAUGGAGAGAAUAAGAGAUUUGUCGUCGAAGAAAGCAGCAGUGAUAUUCACAAAGAGCUCGUGUUGUAUGUGCCAUAGCAUCAAGACGUUAUUCUACGAACUAGGAGCUAGUCCGGCGAUCCACGAGCUCGAUAAGGACCCCGAAGGCCGUGAAAUGGAGCGUGCCCUACGUGCGCUUGGCUCAUCAAACCCGGCGGUUCCAGCCGUUUUUGUCGGAGGAAGGUACAUCGGAUCAUCCAAAGACAUUAUCUCGUUCCACGUCGACGGGUCGCUCAAACAGAUGCUUAAAGACGCUAAGGCCAUAUGGUUAUAGCCUUCCAACCUACGUAUAUGCAUAUAUAUAUGAUGUCAAUAAUCAAUGUGUUAAAAACACAUAUAUUAUAUAUAAGUAUCUAGCUAUAACCGGGAGGAAGCAUAGAUGUUUUAAAAUGCUUUGCUUCCUCCGCAUGGAUGUCAUUUUAUAAUAAGGUAUAUGCAUUUGUAGAUGUAUAUAUGUAUAUUGACUUGCAUAUUGUACGGAGGGAAAGACAAGUGUACCUUAAAGCAACUGUGUAACACUAUUGCUAAAUUUCCACGUACGUGAAGAUAAAAUAAAGUCUUAAAUCA